AUGGGCGUGGCUUCCCCCUCUCCUGUGGGCGUGGCCUCGCUGACUCAGCGCCGCCAUGGCGGCGGCCGCUCCCGCCCGCUCCUGAGGCGGCUUCCGGCGGCCAUGGCGGCGGCGGCGGCGGCGGCGGCGGGCCCGGGCCCGGCCGAGCCUCCCGCGGCCGCUCCGGAGCUCAAGAGCCGCUUCCGCACCCGCGAGGGCUCCUACCGCCUGCUGGGCCCCGCCGCCGCCGCCGCCUCCUCCGCCUCAGCCCCGGCCGGGCCUGCCCCGCCGGGCCCCGGGGCGCUGCCGCCGGUUCGGCUCUCGGUGGUGAGGCUGGCCCGGAGCCGGAGCCCUCCCGGGGGAGCCGCAGAACGGAGCCGCGUGUGCUGCAACCUCGGCAGGGAGCUGCAUUUCUACGGAGGGGCCGGCAGCGGGGGACGCGGCAGCCGGAGGGCGCUGGACCUGCAGCGUCCCAUCGACAAGCGCGUGUACAAGGGCACGCAGCCCACGUGCCACGACUUCAACCAGUUCACGGCGGGCGCCGAGACCCUGGCGCUGCUCGUGGGCUUCUCGGCAGGGCAGGUGCAGUACCUGGACCUGGCCAAGAAGGACAGCGCCGGGCGGCUCUUCAACGAGGAGCGCCUGAUCGACAAAUCCAAGGUGACCUUGGUCAAGUGGCUGCCGGACACCGAGCGCCUGUUCCUGGCGUCCCACGCCAGCGGCCACCUGUACCUGUACGACUCGGAGCAGCCCUGCGGGGCCACCAGCCCUCAGUACACGCUGGUGACGCAAGGAGAAGGCUUCAGGGUCUUCUCCUGCAAGAGCAAGACGCCGAGGAACCCCCUGCUGAAGUGGGCCGUGGGCUCGGGGCCGCUCAACGAGUUCGCCUUCUCGCCGGACGGGCGCUCGCUGGCCUGCGUCAGCCAGGACGGCGUGCUCAGGGUCUUCCACUUCUCCUCCAUGCUGCUCCAGGGCAUGAUGAGGAGCUACUCCGGGGGGCUCCUGUGCGUCUGCUGGAGCCCCGACGGUCGCUACGUGGUCACCGGUGGAGAAGAUGACCUGGUCACCGUGUGGUCGUUCGCCGAGGGCCGCGUGGUGGCCCGAGGGCACGGCCACAAGUCGUGGGUGAACGCGGUGGCUUUUGACCCUUUCACGCCUCCGCCGCCGCCUCCUCCCGACGGACAAGGGGACGGACACGGCGACAGCCCCGAGGAGCCCCCGAGUGUCACCUACCGCUUCGGUUCUGCCGGCCAGGACACGCAGUUCUGCCUGUGGGACCUGACCGAGGACGUGCUGGAGCUGCGGCCGCCCCUUCCCCGCUCCCGCCCCGCCGCCGCUGCCGGGCAGGAGCCGCCCCCGGGGCCGCCUCCGCCUUCCGUGCCGGGGCUGCCGCGCUCGCUGUCCCGCUCCAACAGCCUCCCCCAGCCCGGCGGCGGUCCCCAGAUGUCGCCGCGGGUCCCCCCGGUGCUGAGCGUUGGGCGUUUCGCCACUCUGACCCUGCGGGACCCCCGAGGGGUCGCCGAGAAGGAGCACAAACGUUACCACAGCCUGGGCAACAUCAGCCGGGGAGGGGGCGGCAACGCCGAGAAACCCCCUGCCCAAAGUGCGGGGGGGUCGCGGGGAGGGUCUCUGGACACGGCCAAGGUGCUGGGCACGGCGCUGUGCCCGCGGCUGCACGAGGUGCCCCUGCUGGAGCCGCUCGUGUGCAAGAAGAUCGCCCAGGAGAGGCUGACGGUGCUGCUCUUCCUGGAGGAUUGUAUCGUGACAGCGUGCCAGGAGGGGCUCAUCUGCACCUGGGCGCGGCCCGGGGUCUCGGGCCUGUCCUCGCAGAACGGCGGCUCCCCGAGUGGCACCGUGGUGUAGCUGUCACCUGUGUCACCUGUGUCACCUCCCGGGUCACCUGUGUCACCUGUGCCACCCGCCAGGACACCUGUGCUACCUGUGCCACCCUCCAGGACACACCUGUGUCACCUGUGUCACCUCCCGGGUCACCUGUGUCACC